UGACGGCUAAGGCCAGGGUUCCCUCGGGGAAAUACAGCUGGUUUAUCGCAUGCUUAUUGUACUUCUAGGUCUCCUGGCACGACAAACGCAAAAUUCACCGUUCGGUUUUCUGAUCACUUGAGUAACUGACCCCAACGUCGGUGACUGCUGCGGUCGUUCACGUAUCGCCCGAAAAGUCUCCGGAUCGGCUGAUUAAAUCGCCAGAUUGGAAACACCGAGUCACCGUCGGCUGAGGGAAAGACAAGCGGCACGUGCUGACCCCAGCGUGCCACGGGUCCGCCUCUGCGUGAUGGAAAUCACGCACCCCGCACCCCGGGUCAGUCCGCACGGAAUCCCGGACGGGUCCUGCUGCGCACGGCGGGGUUAAAGGCAAUGCAAACUUCAUACAUCGCCUCUGUAAAUCAACUAACGAUAUGUGGCGUUUUUUUUUAAUAAUUCCAUACGCCCCAGAAAACAAACAGAAGAUUGAAGAGACCCACUGUGCUGGAGUUUGUGAGACAUCUGAUUAGGUUAUUGUGGGGUCCGUUUCGCCCCCUAUCACUUUAUACUUUGCAGACUUUUUUGGCAGUUCGAUUCUGACGUUGACUGUGCGACAUAAAGAUAACGUUAGCUAGCUAGCUAGCUACAAUGAUCUUGAAAAAAGUACUAACAGCCAAGUAUGGGACUUGGCUUUUUCAGGUAGGGCUGAGCCAAGGUGUGCGCUUCUCCUCGGUCCCGCCCCAGCCCGUACCGCCCCUAGCGCAGACUCUGGAGGGCUACCUGCGGGCCCUGGAGCCCCUGCUGCCCGCGGACGAGCUGGAGCACACCCGGUCAAAGGUGCGGAAAUUCGAGGCGAAGGGCGGGCUCGGAGAGCGGCUGCAGCACGGCCUGGAGAGGAGGGCCAGAGAGACGCGCAACUGGAUCUCUGAUUGGUGGGUUCAGUGGGCGUACCUGGAGAGCAGACAGCCCCUGGCAGUGCACUCGAACCCUGCUAUCGCCCUGCCAAAACUGGACCACUCGGACUGGAGGGGGCAGCUGGUGUUUGCCUCCAAGCUGAUAGCUGGCGUUCUGGAUUUCAAGGCCAAAGUCGACAGUGGACGGCUGCCAGUGGAGUAUUUAAGGGGCCGACCGCUGUGCAUGGAACUUUUCCCUCUCCUCUUCUCCUCCUGUCGAAUUCCGGGGCCCAAACACGAUCAUGUGAUCCACUACAGUCAGGCUCGCCGCCCGCCCACCCACAUUACUGUCGUCCGAAAUUACCAGUUCUUCCAGCUGGAGGUGUAUAACAGUGACGGCACCCCCCUGACCCAGGACCAGAUCCACACCCAGCUGUGUCGCAUCCGGUCGCAGUCCUGGAAGACGGACAAGGAGCCCAUGGGCAUCCUGACCAGCGAGCACCGCAACACCUGGGGCCAGGCCUACCACCGCCUGCUGAGAGACAAGAUAAACAAGGAGUCAGUGCGGGCGAUCGAGAGGGGAAUAUUCACUCUGUGCCUGGACUCUCCCGUCAUGCGGAUCUCAGAUGAGAAGUACUCCAGUCGAAUGGCAGCUCAGAUUCUGCAUGGGGGAGGGACUUACUCUAACAGUGGCAACCGCUGGUUUGAUAAGACGCUUCAGUUUGUGGUGGGUGAAGACGGCUCCUUCGGGCUCCUGUAUGAACAGGCCACCGCUGAAGGCCCGCCCAUUGCAACCCUGCUGGGCUACCUGCUGGAGUACUGUAAACAGCCAGAGCAGGUGAGGGCGCCACUCAUUCCCCUCCCCAUGCCAAAGAAACUCUACUUCUACAUCGACCCGGAGAUCAAGAGAGACAUCGAGCACGCCAAGCAGAACCUGGACAUCCUGAUCAAUGACCUGGACAUAAACUGCUUCACGUUCAGGACGUUCGGGAAAGAUUUCCCCAAACAGCAGAACCUGAGUCCCAACUCCUUCAUCCAGGUGGCGCUACAGCUGGCUUACUACAGGCUGCACGGUGACGUGUGCGCGUCCUGCGACAGCGCCUCCCUCAGGAUGUUCCGCGGCGGCCGCACCGAUGUCAUCCGCUCGCCCACCAAUCAGGCGCUCUGCCUGGUGCGCGCCUUUGACGACCCCGCCGUCUCGAGAGAGAUGAAGCUGGAUCUACUGAAGGAAGCCGUGGAGGCCCACAGUGCUCUCACUGAACAGGCGCUGCGGGGCCAAGCCAUCGACCGGCACCUACUGGGGCUGAAGCUGCAGGCCAUCGAGGAGGGGCUGAGCGUGCCCAGACUGUUCAUGGACACGGCCUACGGGCUCGCCACACACUUCAAACUGCGAACAGGACAGGUUCCCACUAACACGGACAGCGUGAUGUGCUUCGGGCCCCUGGUUCCGGACGGGUACGCUGUCUGCUACAACCCCCAGUCGGACCACGUCCACUUCUCUGUCACGGCCUUCAACUGCUGUGAGGAGACCAACGCCGAGUCCCUGGCGCUGAACCUGGACAGCGCCCUCUGCCACCUGCAGGAGUUACUGCAGCCUGCGGUGUAGCGCAGCCACCUCGAGUUCCCCGAGCUGACCCACGGUCGUCCACCGGGAGGGGUGAUGGAGUGCACCUGUGUAUUUCCAGGACUCGACAUGUGACUUUUGGUACUUCUAAAGACAGCUGGCGCAUCGGGGGGUGGGAUGGGGGGGAGGCAAAUAUGAUUGUGACGCAGUGACGUUCAAUGUUUAAGUUGUACUUGCUUUGCUGAGAAAAGAAAUGAGGACUUAAUGAGGACUAAAUAUAAAUGCAAGACAGAAGCUGGAGACUCCAGGAAGGGGCUUAGCCUGCUAGCCUAGCCCAAGUACAACCUCACCUCAUGGAUCCAAGCCAGGCCUGGACACGAAGGCAGCCCUGUUUGUUCUCGGGACAGUGCUUCUGAGUGCUGCCUUACAAGCCUCAGCUCCAGCCCUGCAAGGCUAUAAUGCAGUGCAUUUACCUGCUGUCCCGGAGCGGGGGCAGUGAUUGGCUUAAUUGUGUGGUUUAACGCCGAGCUGGAAGGAAGGUCUGCAGACACGGUGGUCUCCAUGAGCAGGGCCGAGCAGCACUGUGAAGGGUGCUUUGGAAUAUACGCACUUAGAGCUUUAGUAACCUGUUACCUGGGGCAGGUAUCCCGCCAAACAGCCAACGAUAAGACGUACUGCAGGGCUCUGAAUGGCAGCUACGUCUGUGCGCUCGAAGUGUGGAACCUGUAAUGGAGAAGGACCAAAUGUUGACAAAAAAAUGUGUUUCUGCAUAAAAUGCAGUUGUGAUGAAAAAUGAUGGAAUUGCCCGUAGAAGCAGAAUUGUCCUGUGUAGUGGCUGGACAGCUCUAGCUAAAUAGUGUUUGCUGCCGUUUAGCGUGUGCAGCAGUUUUGAUUUUGAUUGGAGAGGUACAGGGUUUUUUGG